AUGGCGAUCAAAGGGGUGGGUGAGAAGAUCGCUGGUAUGAUUAUGAGGAUGAUCGAGGGGAGGGGAGCAGGUCAGGCAGACGAGGUGGAUCAUGAUGCAGCUCAGCCUCGAGAUGUUGCUGGAGCUCUGACAGGCGAGAGCGCCUCCAUGCUUGAGACCGACCGACAUCGCGAGGGGGAGCAAGGAAAGAAAAAGCGGAGGCGGGAAAACAAAAAUGCGAGCAACGAGGCGGAGGACGAGACGUCAGAACCUGCUCAUCGACCAGACCGACAGUACCAGCCGAAGACAAGGAGCGGAGCAUACGCUCUCCUGAUAGGUCUGUAUAGGAUGGAGAAGGGGAUAGGAACGGGAGUGUGCGUACGACCUGAUCGAGAGACUCUCGCGAAGUUCUCGCAGCAGUGGGCAGAUGAGAGGAUUCUGUGCGAUAGAGCGCAUUAUUGUGGAUGGGACUCCAUGAACAGGACCCUGGUUCCCAAGGGUCUUGUCCAGGCAUACAGGAAUGGUCCCCGCAAAGUCUUUGAGCUGUCUCAAGAGGGGAGGGCGCUGGCGGAGGCGUUGAACGUCAGAGUAUUGGAGUCAGAAACAGGAGAAGCAGGGGGAGGAUCAGGAAGCGAGUCUGUAGCGACAACAAGCUCGAUCGGGGACAGGAGGCCAGGAGAUCGCAACGUCGGGAGUCACGAGCCUUCUGACUUGCGGGCCUGUGAGCUCGUCGGAGAGUCAGCGGCUGGCUCGCGUCGCCUGCCCGAUGGGUCGAAGCUGGAGGUUCUGCUGCUGGUGGACAACAACGAGCCCCCUGAGGUUCUUCACUUCGUGGAGGCGAAGCACAUCAGGUACAAGAGGACGCAGCUCAUGAUCGGAGACUUCAUGUGGGUUGCCGUCCCGCAGGCGGUGGUGGUGGCGGCUGCUGAAGAGGAGGUGGUGGCUGAAGAGAAGGAGGCUGAGAAGGGUCUACAGGGUCAAGAAGUCGCAUCUGUGAAGCUUGAGGAUGCUAUUGUCCUGGACUUCAUCAUCGAGCGCAAGAGCGUCAGCGACCUGCACAGCAGCGUCAUCUCCAAGCGAUACGAGUCGCAGAAGUACAGGCUGCAGCGAUCGGGCUUCAGCAGGAUCGUCUACCUGCUUGAAAACUCAGUGGACGGAAUGAGGCAGUCCGGGUACCACGAUGUGACGGAGGAGGUGGAGAAGCGAAUACGAAGCUCGACUGUUGACAUUCAGAUUCACAGUCAGUUCUUCCUGCACCAGACUGGCAACUGGAAGGAGACUGUCGAUCUGCUGCACCUUAUGACGCAAAAGAUAUCUUUGAUGCUGAGAAACCAAGGCCUCUCCUCUGACGUUGCCAUGCUCAUUGAGCAUGACCUCGUCACCUUCAAGGCUUUCUCGGACCGCAUGAAGAACUUGUCCUCUCGCACUUUCUCGGAACUUCUGCAGAUCCAGCUGGCUAGCGCUGUUCAAGGCCUCGGCUCCAAGGCGGUCGACACCCUCGUCGAGGAGUUCGCGACGCUCCCGGCGCUUCUUGACUUCUGCCGCCGCUGCCAGUCGCUGGAAAACUUCAAGAAGAUCGUCACGCAGAAGUUCCGUGAGAAGAACAAUAGGGCGCUGAACCCGAAAGUGAUCGAGAGGUUGUGGAUGCUUUGCGAAGGGAGGGAGGGCGGACAAGAAUAG